GAGUUAGUUAUAAAAAUUAGAUAAAUUAUUUUCUACAAAUCCGUUUCGAAAAAUAGGAAAAAAAUCGCGAUAAUCUAUUUUAUAGAUAAUCAUAUAUAAUACAUUGUACAUAUUGAGAAAAAGCUGCUUCGAACAGCAUCAGCCCAUUAUGUCUCAAAUGUUACGUUCAUUGAACAUGCUCGGAUGCAGCACAAGAGUUUUUGAGCAUACGCGUAAUUAUGCAUCACAGCAUCUUAAUCAGAUACUGCAAUUGCAGCAUACAGAAAUUUGUGCUGAUCCGCCUUCUCGCGCCUUAGUAUUAGGCGUGUACGCGGAUGAAACUGAUAAAGGCGACUCAGGAAUUUUGACGCAGGCGGCUUGGCGUUAUAAUCAGUCGCGGACGAAUGGUCGCAUGUUAGAAGUGUUGCGUAUGUCCGGGCCAAUGCCCAAACGAGGCGAGGCUAGACUACUAUUCGCCAUGGAGCCAGAAAAAGUUCCUUACUAUUCGGCAGUAGCUGUAGUGGGCUUAGGUAGAGAAUGUUUGGGUUAUAAUCCGUAUGAGAUAAUUGACGAACAAAAGGAAGCCAUUCGACGAUCGGUAGCUCAGGCGUGCAUGCAAUUAUCACGUUUAGAGACAGAUAGAAUUGAUGUAGAGAAUUGCGGGCACGCCGAAUCGGCCGCGGAGGGUGCAGCUUUGGGCGUUUGGGCUUAUCAAGAGUUGCGAUCUCCGAAAGAUCGUAUCACCGUGCCCGCAAUUGAUUUGUACACAACCAAGGAUGAGAUAUGCGAUCUUGAAGGAUGGCGCAUUGGACUUCAGAAAGCUUCUGCACAAAAUCUAACACGUCAAUUACAGGAAAUGCCUUCGAAUAUUUUGACACCUACAGCUUUUGCUCAAAAUGUCGUUGAGGUCUUAUGUAAAUCGGGUGUAAAUGUAGAGGUCAAAGUUGAGGGCUGGGCCGAGAGCCAAGUAAUGAAUGCCUUUUUGUCGGUGGGCAAAGCUUCAUGUGAGCCACCAAUUUUCUUGGAGCUCAGCUACUAUGGCACGUCGUCCGAGCAGAGACCGAUCGUAUUGGUAGGUCAGGGCAUAACCUACGAUUGCGGUGGGCUAUGCUUGAAACCUUACGAGAAAUUAAAACUAAUGCGUGGCGACAUGACUGGAGCAGCCGUGGUUGUUGCAGCUUGCAGAGCUAUAGCAGCUUUACGUUUACCGGUCAACAUUAGAGGCCUUAUACCACUUUGCGAAAAUGUGAUGGGCUGCAAUUCAUUUCGAUCGGGGGAUAUUGUAAAAUGCAUGAAUGGCAAACACAUUAAAAUUCAACGGACCGAUUAUGAAGACGUCUUAAUACUAGCGGACGCUCUUUUAUAUGCUCAGAAUUUCUGCCCAAAAUGCAUUGUCGAUAUCGGUACUGCGUCAUGGUGUUUGAAUCACACAUUGGGAGAGGCCGCUUGCGCCAUUUUUACUAACUCUGAAAUUCUAUGGCAGCAAAUUAAACACGCUAGUAUGCAUACGGGCGAUCGAGUUUGGCGAAUGCCUUUGUGGGACUAUUACAGAACGAAUAUGACUAGUGGCAUGUCGACCGAUGUCCAGAAUUAUGGUGUGGGUAGGGGUGGAAAACCGUGCAAAAGUGCCGCGUUUUUGAGAGAAUUUGUACCCUGUGGUCAAUGGAUGCAUAUCGAUGCGACCAAUGUGAUGACAACUAGGGGUAAUACCUUUGAGUAUUUACGGGCGGGAAUGGCCGGUCGUCCGACACGCACGUUAAUUGAAUUCAUCGCCCAAACCAUAUGCAAAGACACUGCCCCCAAAUCCCCGAAAAAGGAGAACUAGCCAAUGCUUGAGGUAUCACCGCAAGAAGGCUAUAAUCUCUUAUCCUCUCUCGUACUUCAAUUUUCAUUUCAUUUUCUUUUCUUAUUAAGUGACUUGAAAAGUUUUGGCCUAGGUGGAAGCGAAUUUUCGAAUUUGUAAAUUUAAUGUUUUUUUUCAUAAAAAUCCAAUUGUGGCGUGUGCGAGCAUGCAGUAUCUGUUUUUUUUUUUACAAAAAAAUCUAUAUUUUUGAUGUAAUUUUCAAAUAAAGUCGGCUCAAAUUUAAUCAAAAGAAAAUAAAUAUCUUCAUUCAUUUGCAAAUCAGGCAAGGUGGCGAAGGGCCCUUUUGAGAUGACCACAAGCGGAUAAGGUGAAGAUACUAACAGGCUACAUACGAACGUUGGCUAAUCGAUUUUCCAUAUUACGAGCGUACUUUCUGCGCUAACAAGGGAUUAAAACUAGUAUGGACGAACUUUCGGUAGGGGAUAGAAAUGGGAUGGAAAUAAAUUAAAGCGCUAUGCUCUCCUGAUAGUCCACAGCACUUCGACUCAUUCAAUCAUUUACUCAACUUUUUCAUAAAAUAUCGAAAUACGUGUAUCAGCAUUAUUCAGGUUUCAGCCAAAAAAAAAGAGUUUAUUUUUUUUGAUUGAAUAUCUGAAAUUCCUUGUUCAUCAUCAGUUUAAGUAUUGCAGAUAUUGUAAAUAAUAUUAUCAUCUAAUGAAGCUUGUUAUUUUGAGAAUAAAAAAAGUUAUUACGAAGGUAUGCGAAGACAUCGCUCUAUGUUCGCGACUGCCGAGUUGUUGCAAAUAAGAUAAAUGGAGGCUUUGAAUGCUUGUAAGCGUAAUAGUAACAGUGUAACAGUAAUGAAAUAUAACCGACCACUGUGUCACUACAAGGCAAUCAAAGUUGAGCUUAUUCUAAGUUAUGAGUUGCAUCAGUUGAAGAUGUCGCGCCUUCAAAUGUGCAUAAAAAAAAGGGGUUAAUCAAAUUAUCUUUGAAUUGUGUGUCAUUUCACUUUUCUCUUGUUGAUUAACCUGGAAGCUGUCCGAAUCUUUUCGUCUUUUUAACGAUUACAUUUGGUAUUUGGAACGCGCGAAGUUGUUUUGGGAUUUAAAAACCUUCUCCGAAGUUGUUGUCACUUUAUCCUAGCAUUCACACAGACAAUAGCGAUGGUUAAGGAGAAAAAUAGUGUGCGAUAAGCUGCAGAUUGUCUUUAUUUUUCUUUACAUAAGCAAGGCACUUGCCUUUCAGGGACGAAGUAAAUAUGGGAGAUCUCCUCGUUAUCAAGCUCAGAAGCGCAUUGUCUUGACAUUUUGGAUAAACUGAGCGUGAACAGUGAAGGAAGGAUAAAAUUGGAAAUAUUCCGCCAAGGGAGUAGAAACUCUCCAUAACAAAGCAUUAUAAAGACAAUAAAAAUUAAUUAAAGUUUUUUAAAAUCGAAGCAAUGAACCUAAGAGAAUCCCUUUAGAUAGACUGAAAGCAGAUUUAAUGGAAUACAAGUAAAAUCCAUCAACGUGAAAGAAACUUCCUUUUAUCUCUAAUACAAUAUAUCGGAGCAAAAAUAAAUCGAAGCCUUCUUAAUUGAAUUCUUUUCUUUUCUUUUUUUUGAUUUUUAAUUAGUUGCAAAAGUAUAUACAUUGCGAGCCAUAUACUUCAAGUGGUAAAAUGUAUGAAAUAUUUUAGUUAUAUAGUCGUAUAUGUAAACAAAGAUUUCCAACAUUUGUGAAAAUUUGAAAGUUAAUAAUAACUACAAGUGAGCGGAAGUUAUAACAAAACAAGGAAACGGAAAAUUUGUUGAAAUAUUUUAUAAAAAUCUAAAUAAAUAACUCUUCGAAAAUAAAAAUCCAUGAAACGAAAACAUAACAAAAACAUAAAAUAUUAAAAAUUUUCCUCCCAAAAGGCCCGAGAAGGAAAACAAUAGAAGGAAAUGAAAUAAUAUUCAACACCGAAAUCUUCAUCAACAAUAUAUUCUGCCGCACACUUUGGCUAUGAUUAUCGGCUUCUAGAAUACGUUUAAGCUUGGGAUAAAUACGUAAAUAAAACAUUUUAAUUAAGCAACGUGGUUACAAGUUGCUAGUUCACCAGAAAGUCUAGCUAAACGAGAG